CGCUGCGUCACAUAGUACUCUAAUACCCUGGUUUACCUGAACCGGAAGUAAGAUCCGGUUCAAUCCUCACCGUAAAACCAAAACUUUUGUUUUCCUCAGUAUUCUUUCUCUAAAAUCAAAAUCCAAAUGGAAAAGAAAGGCUUGACAAUAUUUUGAUUUCUGUAAAACGCAUAGAAGAGAGAGGACUUUAUCUUUAAAACCAUACCGGUAAAGAGAAAGUUUCGAUUUUUUUUUCAUUUCUUUCAAGCUCAACCAAAAUAUAUAAUAGGAAGCCUAACUUGCCGGAGCUCCGGAAACAGUUAAGAAUCCGAUGGACUCCUUGGGUCCGAAUCGGUUUGAUAUCUUCGAGAUUUAUCGGCGAUUCUGUGAACUUAGAACAGGAUAUGAGCAUGUUUGUGAUGGAGAAGGCUACCGACAAGGCGAGGAAUCACAAAGAGCUAAGUUCACUAGGGACGCAUUGAACCAACUCUUAAAGAUGGUGGAAUCAAGGAUGCGUGAGAGGCAUAUGAAUGCAAUCUUUGAUGAACUUCUCAAGCUCAUGUUACAGCUCAACUUGAUGGUAGACUUUUCUGUAUUCUCGCGCUUCUAUGAUUUUGUUUUCUUCGUAUGCCGAGAAAAUGGUCAAAAGAAUAUUACUGUAAGCAGGGCAGUUGCUGCUUGGAGAUUAGUCUUAGCAGGCAGGUUCCGUUUGCUUAACCAAUGGUGUGACUUUGUUGAGAAAAAUCAGCGGCACAAUAUUUCUGAGGAUACAUGGCAGCAAGUUUUAGCUUUUAGUCGGUGUGUGCAUGAAACCCUAGAAGGGUAUGAUCCUGAAGGUGCUUGGCCCGUUUUAAUCGAUGACUUUGUUGAGCAUAUGUACAGAAUUUCGGGGUCGAAUAAAGAUACAAAUGGUUUCUGUAGCUAUGGUGAUUCAGGUCCCAGUUGUGUGCAUAUGAUGACUCUUUGCCCGGAUUAAAACUAGUUCCGGGGUUGAAGAGGAAGUUGCGUGAAUGUAACAAUGAUAAAAUGGAGUCCUUGGAACCAUUAUUCUCGAGCUCUCCGAACCCGAAUUGCACAUCAAAUUCCAAGAGAAGGUUUAUUUUGUGCAGAUCUGAUGAGAGGGAAGAUAAUCUUCCCCAGAAUUCAUGCGAUGAAAGCAUGGAAAUUGUUAAACAAAGUAGUCCGGUGGGUUCUUCCAAGUCUCCAUGUGCAGUUGAAGGUUGCAUGUCAAAGGGUUUAGCAGGGCUGUUAUCGUGUUGCUCGUAUUUUGCAGUUUGAUUGGGAAAGAAGAGUUUUGCUAUAGGUAGAAGCUCCCUAUGGAGGGGAAAAGAAUGGAUACAUGCUUUACUACAAGUCUAUGAAUUAGAUAAAUUCGUAUGUUAGCUUGUGGGGGGAGGGUUAUAAACAGAGUGCCAACAUUUUCGGAUGACUGUGGGAGGUUGAUUUCCUUUGUUUCAAUGUUUGAGGGGUGCUAAUAUCAUUGGUUUGUGGAUGUUUCGAUCCUGAAAUUAAUAAUUAAAAUUUUUGAAAAUUUUAGUUAAA